AUGAAGCAGAUACGCAACACUGUAUUAAUAUAUGAGACUUUUACGCCUAGAAACUCGAAAAUUAGAAUGUUGGUGUAUUACUUGGAAAAUACACUACUAAUCAACCAGCAUGACGAGAUUGUUCUUACAUACGAAGAAAGGUACCAGUGGUUGAAAUAUACUUGGCAACCUACAACAGACUUUAAGUUUCCACUGGUGUGUGAGGGAAAAAAAGAACCGCUUAUUAAUACGGCCACAGCAAGUCUGCAGAGGCAACGUGAAACUAGCCCGGACACAUUCAAAAAACUUUUCAAUCAGGCUGAGGCCAUCGCAAAUGAAAUUGGUACAGAGAUCAACGGUCUGCAGAAUCACCGGCCGUCAAACAAAUCGGCCGAACAUUAA